CCCAACAAGCACUCCCCCGCAGAAAAAAAGACGGAAGGAUGGCUGGAAUCAGAAGACUGCUGCUGUUUACCACCCUACUCCUCUCACUCUCCAUCCUCCUCAUCUUCUACUCAUCAUCAACAACCAACACGAACAACAGCUUGCCAACAUCAGCAUCAUCAUUGGCCAUACAGGACAGACUCAAGGGAUAUCUGCCCAACAAGGAGACCCUCAAGACCUAUGUACCCAAACCAUUCAAAUGGUCAAACUGGGCCACCUCCGAUGCAGUCGAACUCGAAGAUAGUCUGAUUACAACCACUACCACCAACCAACAGCAACAGAACAGCAACAAGCACAACAAUCAAUCUACAUCUCAAACCAACCAGUCCACCCUACCUACGAACUACCAUCCCAAUGGACUCUACUAUCUGAGCCAACCACCGCCAUUAGAACGCCAUCCGAUCCUGGAUCUGAUCGACAAAGCAGAACAAGAAUGGGCCAACAAAGUCGCGAAAAGCUCGAGAAGUUUGGAAGAAGCCGUUGCAGAAUAUCGCCGGAGAUACCAUCAACCGCCCCCCUUUGGGUUCGAGAAGUGGUGGGAAUAUGCACAGAAAGAGGGGGUGAUCUUGACGGAUGAAUACGACCAAAUCGGCGCGGACAUCAAGCCGUUCCUAGCCAUCGAGCCCUCCGACCUGCUUCAUCGCGCCUGGGUGAUGGCCAACGAACGCCCAGAAACGUUCACCCUGACCAUCAACUCUACUGCCCCCGUCUUGAUCUCCGGCAAAGAAGGCCAUCUCGCUCGCGCUAAGGAUCUUGCUAAACUCAUCAACCUCUUCGUCCAUCUGCUGCCUCAGAACUCCGGCUCAAUCAAUCAUCUCUUGAACCUCACGUUCACUAAACACGAUCAACCCGCCGUCCAAAUGACUUGGCCUCGGAAACAGAAAAUGGUAGAGAUGGCUGAGGCUGGUGAAUAUUUUUCGCCCUCGGAUUAUAUAAGACCGUCGAACCCGAAGCUAAGCAACUGGGCGAAUGCAUGUCCGCCGCACUCAGCCUUAUACCGAAACGAGUCGAACCUCCCACCCCUAGAAGACGAAUCUCUACCGCCCGGAAUGAGGAACAAGAAUAACGGGGGAACCAAGUCGUUUAUAUACGAUCAUUCAAAAGCCAUGGAGAUUUGCGGCCAUCCUGAGAGUAUGAAGUUGCAUGGAUUCACCAGUGCUGCGGGGACUGAUAACGUCGAACUAGUUCCCUUGUUCACUUUCGCCAAGACCACGACACAGAGCGACAUAUUAGUGACGCCCUUGGAACAAUAUAGCGAUACGUAUAUCGGCGAUGAUCCAGAAUGGUCGAAGAAGAAGAUCACGAAGUUAUUAUGGAGGGGGUCGACGACGGGGGCGGAGUUCCGGAGCGAUGUGGAUUGGCGAGCGAGUCAGCGGGCGCGUCUGCAUCUGAUGGCCCACCAUUCCAACGGCUCCACCCACAUCCUCUCGCCCGACGACUCGCUCACUCGGAUCGUCUCUAAAGACAUCGAGUCGCUCAACCAUAAGUUGUUGGAUGUCUCCUUCUCCGGCGGACCCGUCCAAUGCGACCCUGUUACCUGUGAGUAUAUGCACACCCAUUUGAAGUUCGCGGGGACCAUGGGCUUGGAUGAAAGCUAUCAGUAUAAAUAUUUAAUGGAUGUAGACGGCAAUGGUUGGUCAGGAAGAUUUCAUCGAUUGAUGUCGACGAAAUCUUUAGUGCUCAAGUCGACAAUCUUUCCGGAAUGGUAUUCGGAUCGAAUCCAACCUUGGGUUCAUUAUGUUCCUAUUAAAGUGGAUUAUUCCGAUUUAUAUGAUGUGAUGGUUUUUUUCCAAGGAGAAGAGGAGGAGGAGGAGGAAGAAGAACUGAGCAAUGAUCCCAAGAGCCGACCGACGAAGCGAUCAUCAGAACGCAAAAGGAAAAGAUCCAGAAGAGACGGAGACGGAGGAAGAGAGCGUUAUAAUAAUCAACAUCAGAAGCGGAAAACCAAGAAGAACAAUGGACACGACCAAUUGGCUGAGAAAAUCGCUUCUCAGGGCAAACGUUGGGCGGCUGAACAUUGGAGAAGAACUGAUAUGGCGGCUUAUAUGUUUAGAUUGGUCUUAGAAUGGAGGAGAGUUAUGUUGCGAGGAACGGGCGAACCUCUGGAUUAUUUCGGAUAAAAAUAUACAAGGAUUUGUGUUUUUUUUUUUUUUCGUGUUGCAAUCACCAAACACUUUUCUUUUCUUUUACUGUUUAUUUGAGUGUUGAAUAAUAUACGGCAUCUUUUAUAUUCUUUCAUUCUCGUUUUUUUU